AUGGGUGCUGUCAGCCAACUUUUCGCUACUGGCACGAUCGGUGGUGCAGCAGAUAAGGAAAUUUCGGCAACCGAUGCAGAUGUAGUUACCAAAACCAAAAGCCUCACAAUCGUGACCAACGCGGAACGCGAAGCGAAGGGCUCAACGGUAACAGGCGCAAGGCGCAAUGCAGCUGCGGUAAAAGGAGUUCCUCCCCUUCCUAGUUCUCAGGUAAAUUUUGACGUUGCCAAUCUUAAAAAGGCUCAAACCAAGGGAGCCAAGCCCAAAAUGCAUACUGGGACUCAUGUCGUAGACAUUCCCGUCCGGUCGAUGAACGCUGUAGUUUACGCGAAACCCAACGCGCGUUAUGAUCCGAACCUAAACGUUCGGGUUACUCGGUUCAGUCAUUGUGAAUUGUGCAAUGAACGUGACAAUAGUAGAAUGGUGCAGUGUGAUGGUUGCGAUACGUGGUAUCAUUUUUCUUGUGUAGAAGUAAGUCGCGACAUAGCGAAUUAUUCCUGGAUGUGCCCACAGUGUCAUCCACACAUGUACUUCGAUGCAAGUAGCCUAGUGCAGCAGAGACCAAUACUCCAGCAGAUUCAUCCGGUAGAUCCACCCCCCAACGUUAUGAGAUCAACGAAGUCCAUCGGAAAGGCAAGCAGUAAUCGGAGCAAACAACGCAAGGUUGAUCGACUGUUGCAGAAGCUGGAAGAGCAGAAGCAGUUGGAGCAAAGGUUCCUGGACGAGAAAUACCGAAUCAUUGACGAAGAAGAUGACGACGACGAUGGAACUGUGGUGAGUGAUGAUGACGUUGGAUCCGAGGAGAUUUCGAAAGUUCGAGGAUGGUUGAGAGAUACGGAAAAAUGUGGUGAAGAUUAUGAUUCCGGCCUUGUUGAAGAAGAUAUGUACGAUGAUCAACCGCAACGUGUCGUUCGACAGGCACCGAUAGGAGAGCAGGCAGAACCACGAUCAACUCUACAGGGUUUUGUUCCUAAUCAACGGUCGACACCUCGAGAGCCAGCUCAAGUCGAUUCAAGAUCGAGAAGCCGUAUACAGGAGCCUCCAGUGACAGCAGACAUGUUCCGUCGUCCACCGGCACAUUAUCCAAUGGAUCCAUUCCGCAAGCCGCUGCCAGCUGUUAUUUCAGAUAAUCAGCACCGCCAGCCACCAGCACCGAUUCCAGAACUUCAUAUACGACCACCUCUACCGCCUGCUUUCGAAAACCAAUUCUAUCAACCUCAAAUUCAUCGAUCAACGACAGAUUUAGGAGGAAACCAGGCUCAACAACCGCAAGCUCAUUGGAAAGCUACUCAUAACUACCGACCACAGGAUUCACGACAGUUUUCAGCUUCAGGAGUUCAGUUCCAUCCAUCAUUGCAAGCCUCUCAGGCAGCUCCAGUUCCAAGAGUCCAGGGCUCACGGCAGAUACCCACAGCUGCAAAUGGUCAGUUCUGGUCAGAACCUACCUUCGUGCCGGAAAAUCAGUAUACACAAACUUCAGCAUCGAGGAGUCGAAUACUGCAAGGAGAUACACCAUUCCAAAACUCCCACUACCCGGAGCCAGACCCUCGUGAUGUCGAAGCGAACGUGUGCAUCUUAAGCCGUAAUCAGGUGGUUGCACGUCAGGCCGUAUCUAAGGAUUUACCAGAGUUUUACGGAAAUCCUGAAGAUUGGCCUCUGUUCUUCUCAAUGUACGCUUCUUCUACGCAAAUGUGCGGCUUCUCUAACGAAGAAAACAUGCUUCGACUUCGGAAAUGUCUGAAGGGAAAGGCUUUAGAGGCCGUUCGAUGCCGACUACUCCAUCCAUCCAACGUUAGCAGUGUAAUUUCUACGUUGAAAAUGCUAUACGGUAGACCAGAAGCAAUCGUUCAGGCAUCCAUUAGAAAGAUUCGGUCGUUACCAUCGCCACAAGUGGAGAAACUUGACACAUUGGUCAACUUCGCAUUGACAGUUGAAAACUUGGUAGCUACGAUAGAGGCAUGCGGAGUCGAGGAUUUCAUCUACAAUGCGGCUUUGAAAGUUGAACUGGUGGAACGCCUUCCCCCCGGGUUGAAGCUGGAUUGGGCAAAAUAUUCUAGGAAUAACCCAGCACCAAACCUAUUACACUUCAGUCAGUGGCUGUAUUCAAUAGCGGAAGAUGCUAGUGCAGUUAUGCCAAUUGCAUCUAACACGCAAAGAAGUCGUGGAACAAAGAAUGACGGAUUUAUAAACGUUCACUCUGACGCAGAACCAGAACGAUCCCGAUCAAUGCCAGCAAAGACACGCGCUGUCCAAGGAUCAUCUUUGGUGCCAAUCACAAAAUGCGCCACAUGCAAAGGUAGCUGUACCACAGUUGCCAAGUGCAAACGAUUUGCCGAACUAAGUCUAGAUGCUAAAUGGGCAGUUGUACGGGAGGCAAAGCUAUGCCGUAAAUGCCUGCGGAAGCACAAUGGUUCAUGCAGACAGCAGAAACCUUGCGGAAUUAAAGGAUGCACUUUUUUGCACCAUCCGUUGUUGCACAACGAAAAGCAGGAGGCACCAGCUACUGGAAGCUGCAACGUCCAUCAAGCUCAAACCAGCGAAGUGCUGUUUAGAAUUGUUCCCGUGUUGCUCCAUGGUCCAUCGAAGGUUGUCCGGACGUACGCGUUCAUAGAUGACGGUUCUGAGCUGACGCUGAUGGAGGAUAGCCUAGCAGAGGAGCUAGGCGUGAAAGGACCUCGAUCGCCGCUGUGCUUAAAAUGGACAGGUGGUACCAAAAGAGUGGAGAACGCAUCCCAGAAAGUAGAGGUGCAAAUAUCAGCUAUCGGAAAUACUUCGAAGCCGCACAGGAUGUCUAACGUACAUACGAUUCAGAACCUACAACUGCGGCCGCAGACAUUAGUGUACUCAGAAUUGCUGCAACGGUUUCAACACCUCGGCGGACUACCUGUCGAAUCCUACAGCAACAUCUGUCCUCGAAUCCUGAUUGGUCUUGACCAUACAUCGCUUGGGCAUGCUAUGAAAAGUCGAGAAGGAAAGCCUUACGAACCUAUCGCAGUCAAAACACGGUUGGGAUGGAUAGUUUACGGGAGUUGUUCACGAACACAGCAACAGCCAAGCUACGUGAAUGUCCACACGAUUAAAGUGUGUGAAUGCAACCUCGAGUCUGACGAAAACCUGCACGCUGCUAUGAAGAACUACUUCACGUUGGAUAGUCUUGGCGUUGUCAAACCAGAAAAAGUUCUGCGAUCAACGGAGGAUCAACGUGCCAUGGAGAUGCUUGAGAAGCUGACAAUCCCAAAAGAAGGGCGGUACGAAUCGGGUCUCCUUUGGAAGUACGAUAAUGUUCGCUUUCCAUGCAGUAAAGGAAUGGCUUUUAGAAGGUGGCAAUGCUUAGACCGACGUAUGCAGCGGGAUAAGGAGUUUUCGGAAACUGUGAUGGUGAAGAUGAGCGAAUAUGUGGCUAAAGGAUACGUUCGAAAGCUAACGGAGGACGAACUCAACGCACAUCGGUCUCAGGAAUGGUACCUGCCCGUAUUUCCUGUUGUGAACCCCAACAAACCGAGUAAGGUGCGGCUAGUAUGGGACGCAGCUGCUCCCGCGUAUGGCGUUUCUCUCAAUUCGCUGUUACUCAAAGGCCCUGACCUCUUGACUUCACUACUUGCAGUUCUUGUCCAAUUUCGAGAGUUCCGGAUCGCAAUUUGCGGGGACAUCCGGGAGAUGUAUCUACAGGUUUUACUGAAGCAAGAUGUUCGACUGUGCUUCUUCUGGAAAGACAAUCAAGUCAAUGCGGAUCCGAGUGUGUACAUCAUGACGGUGUUACCGUUUGGAGUAUCGUGCGCUCCAAGCAUUGCGCAAUAUGUAAAAAAUACAAACGCUCAGCGAUUCGAGAAAGAUCAUCCGACAGCCGUUCGAGCCAUCGUUGAUCAGCAUUACGUCGAUGACAUGCUCGCAAGUGUCGAAAGUGAACAAGAAGCUAUAGACCUUGCACGGAAUGUUAAGAAGAUUCAUGCGGAAGCCGGAUUUGAAAUGAGAAGUUGGAUUUCGAACAGCCCGGCUGUUCUGGAGGCGUUACACGAGCGAACGACGGAAGGGAAGGACCUUAAUAUGGGAGAAGGAUUGACAACCGAGAAAGUACUCGGAAUGUGGUGGAACACGGCCACUGACUGCUUCACCUUCAAAAUCUCUCCACGAUAUGAUCCUGAGCUUAUGUCGGGACAUCGAAAACCAACGAAGCGUGAAGUGCUCAGAACGUUAAUGAUGAUCUUCGACCCUUUAGGGCUCAUUGGUCACUUCUUGAUGUUCCUGAAGGUGGUACUGCAAGAAAUUUGGAGAACGUCUGUCGGUUGGGAUGACCCCAUCGAAGAAGCACAAUUCGAGUUGUGGAUACAAUGGCUGAAGGUCCUUCCUGAAGUGGCGAAAGUGGAAAUCCCGCGUUGCUACAGGACGACCACAUCUGCUGGAUACACCAACGAAGUACAGAUGCAUACCUUCGUCGACGCUAGUGAGAAGGGCUUCGCCGCAGUGGUCUAUCUGCGAUAUAAGGAGGGACUCACCAUCGAAACAGCGUUGGUUGGAUCGAAGACUCGUGUGGCACCAAUCAAAUUUCUGUCAAUUCCCCGUUCGGAGCUUCAAGCUAGUGUAAUCGGAGUCAGAUUGGCGAACAGCAUAGAGCAGUCCCUGUCCAUCAAGGUGAACAGGCGCUUCUUUUGGACCGAUUCAAGUGACGUCAUCAGCUGGCUCAAAUCUGAUCAUCGUAGGUAUAGUCAGUUUGUCGCUUUCCGAGUGAGUGAGAUACUAGAAGCUUCGGAGGUCAGCGAAUGGCAGUGGAUCCAGACAAUGAAGAACGUUGCGGAUGAUGGAACUAAGUGGAAACGGGCGCCAGACAUGAGUAGAACUAGUCGAUGGUUUAACGGGCCGGAAUUUCUCAAGACCCCUGAGGGAGAAUGGCCUAUGAAACUACACAUCGAUAGCACCACCAUGGAAGAACUGCGUCCCCAUUUACUCGUUCAUGUUAAACAACCGGAGCCAAUCAUCGAUCCUCAAAACUACUCUAAAUGGACUCCACUUCUACGUCGGACCGCAUACGUGUUUCGAUUCAUCAGAAACGUGAGUACAACCAAACCAGAAGAAAGAACCGCUGGACCACUGACGAAUUCAGAGCUGACCAUGGCUGAAAACUAUCUGUUCCGGUGUGCUCAAUGUAGUGCUUACGCAGAUGAGAUAGCGAUGCUUUUGGAUAUACGAGCGUCCAAACACUCCACGAAGACUAUACCCAGAAGCAGUCCAAUAUAUCACCUUUGUCCGUUUUUAGAUGAACAUGAUGUACUCCGUGUUCGUGGUAGGACCAGCGCUUGUCCAUUUGUUCAGCAGGAUACGGUGAAUCCAAUCAUCCUUCCACGAGAUCAUCAGAUUACACAUCUCAUCAUAUCGCAUUACCACAGCAAGUAUCAUCAUCAGAACCACAACACAGUGAUCAACGAGUUGCGGCAGCGAUACAGCAUCCCUCGUCUAAAGGCUGCCUACAACAGUAUUCGUCGAUGCUGUCAGCAAUGCAAGCACGACCGUGCUCAACCACAACCACCGGUCAUGAGUGACUUGCCACUGCCUCGUCUGGCUGCCUACGCUCGUCCGUUUACUUAUAUGGGGGUGGACUACUUUGGUCCAUUUAUGAUCAUCCUUGGACGCCGUCUCGAGAAGCGUUGGGUACUUCUCGCCACUUGUCUUACCACUCGCGCCAUCCACUUGCAAAUCGUUCACACUAUGACUACCGAUUCAUGUAUUAUGGCAUUAAGAAACGUCAUGGCUAGGAGAGGUGUACCAGCAGUCAUAUAUAGUGACAGAGGUACAAACUUCCAGGGGGCAAGUAAAGAACUCGAAGAAGCUAUGGCGAAUUUAGAUCGAGAGCGGCUUGCAGUGGAGUUCACCUCCUCACAUACUUCCUGGAACUUUAUUCCUCCCGCCUCACCACACAUGGGUGGAGCAUGGGAGCGACUCAUACGAACCGUCAAACAAAACCUUGGGAAGCUGAAAGCCAACAGAAUGCUAUCCCAUGAAGUCCUCGAAAACAUGCUACUGGAGGUUGAGAAUAUUGUCAACUCUCGCCCGUUAACCAGUAUUCCUCUCGACGAUGACCAGUCGCCAGUGCUAACACCCAACCAUUUUUUAAUGGGAUCAAGCAACGGGUUGAGACCUUGGGUACCGUUCGACGACAGCUCAGAAGUACUCAAAAAUUGCUGGGAACUGUCUCAAGCCUUGGCCAACCAAUUUUGGAAACAGUGGCUCCGAGACUAUCUUCCUUCCAUCACUCGUCGGACGAAAUGGUAUACGGAGGUGAAGCCCAUCAAAAUCAACGACAUCGUUGUCAUCGUGGACCCGAAACUUCCUCGGAACACCUGGCCUAAAGGCCGAGUUAUUGGGAUCAAGCAAGGUUCGGAUGGACAGGUGCGAAGCGCUACUGUUCAGACUUCCGGAGGUAUCUACGAGCGACCAACUGUGAAGCUUGCCGUGCUCGACGUAGGCGUUGGAAGCAAUGCACAUCACGAUGACCAGAAGCGCAUUACGGGGGGGAGUGUUGAUUGCGCUACUUCGACGAGCCCGCCAAGCCCCACACGCCCAGAAAAGUUGACUUAG